GAGCUUUAAAAUAUAUAUCAAUAUGGCAAUGAAUCAAUAUUUUGGGAACGAUGAGAACUUAGCUGAUGAUUUACUCAGCGAAGGAACCUCUACAAGUGAAGUUAAAGUGAAUGAAAGGAUGAAUGAGAACAUGGAAAUGUCUCCAUUCAAUAAAUCAAAGCAUAAGAAGAGUGCUGACUGUGGAUUAUUACCCCAGAUGUCCAUGUCUUUGGAUACUAAAAUCCUUUCUAAUAAACAACCUAAGGCAGCCAAAAGUGUCAAUAAGAACAUGCUCUGUUCUUUUCAACCUGAAAGAAGGCAGCAAAGCCUUAAAGUGCAUAAAGAUUGGACUUAUCAAGACUCUAAUGUGAAAGAAUGUAAAAAGGUUUCCAUAAAAGAUGAAAUAAGUGAUCUACUAAAGAAAUCAGCAAUGCUCAGAGAAAAGAGGAAAUUUAAAGCAAAUAAAAAACUGAAAGUCAUUGAUAUUCCUCUUGAAGAAUUUGAAAUCUUCAGCAACGAAGCUAAAGAAGAAGGGCUCUUUACCUUCGGAGAUUAACCUGUUCGGUUUCCUUAAUAAUUUUAAUAAUAUUUUUGCUA